GUGAACAUACUCAUAUUCAUAUUCGCCCUGUCAUCAAUCCUAAGUGCCGCCCUGAUCGCACUAAACUUCUGACUCGCCCAGAUAAACCCCGACUCAGAGAAACUAUCACCAUACGAGUGUGGGUUUGACCCACUUGGAUCUGCUCGCCUACCAUUCUCAGUCCGAUUCUUCCUCGUAGCCAUCCUCUUCCUCCUAUUCGACCUAGAAAUCGCCCUCCUACUCCCACUACCAUGGGCCAUCCAACUCCAAUCCCCCCUAAUGACCCUCGCCUGAACCGUAGCUAUCCUCCUUCUCCUGACACUAGGACUAGCCUACGAAUGAGUCCAAGGAGGCCUAGAAUGGGCAGAGUAG